GGCCCGUACUUAGACUUCGCGCCUCCGCUUUGCGGGGCCGUUCUGGAAUGUGACCGCUCGUGGUCCUGGAACACUGCGAGGCCUUUUUCUUUGGGGGAGAGGACGAUGAGAAACGAAUUAGAGAAAACGAGGGCCGAGGCAUGAGGGGGCGGGCAGUGGCUGGGAAGCUUCGGGGAGAGGCGGACAGACCCUCCCAAAAGCACCCACCGUCCCCGAAGGCCCAUAGACUGCACUGGAGAAAAAUGACGCACGCCGCCAAGGGAGUUCCCCAAGGUCACCCAGUGAUGCAUUAUUGGUCGAGGAUUCGGGUUUCUGACCCCACCUCUGGUCGAAUUAACCUCCUUUGCUCUGUAUGCCCGUAGCUGUUUGUUCCUCUUAGCUAUGCUGGCCAGCCAGGCCUCCUUUAGCUGCUCUGCAGCCUUUGUCAAAGCUAGAGUGAGUGUGGCCCGGCCCUGCAGUUCGCCAGGCACGCGUAGAUUUUCAGUCUGUACGAUCAGCCGGAAGGCUUUUUCUAAGAGGUAGCGAAACAGAACUGUAAACUGCUUGAAGUGCAAGAGGCUGUUUCUGGUACCUGCGCGGCUCCCACUCGUCUUUGUCUUCUUUACCUCGUGAUAUCACUAUUCCAGAUUGAAAUCAUGGCAGGUCCAGAAACAGAUGCCCAAUUCCAGUUCACUGGUAUUAAAAAAUAUUUCAACUCUUAUACUCUUACAGGUAGAAUGAAUUGUGUACUGGCCACAUAUGGAAGCAUUGCUUUGAUUGUCCUAUACUUCAAGUUAAAGUCUAAAAAAACUCCAGCUGUGAAAGCAACAUAAAUGGAUUCUAAACUGUACCUCAUCCAUUAAGUUCUGAUGCCUACAGAGCUAAUGUCAACUCGUCAUGUGACACUCAGUUUGUACAAUAAAUUAUGAACCUGGAAAA